GUUUCCAAGAUGCAGCAGGUCUCGGCAGCCUCCACUGUCCUCCAUGUCUCCUCUCUUUCUCUCGUAGUACUGCUACUCCUCUCAGCCACCGGCGCCGCGCCCGCCAAUGGCGACACGCUGUCCAGCAACGCCACGGUACCAGCGGCGGGCGGUGGUGGCUCGUCAGCGCCGCCGUCGACGGUGUCAGGCGACAUCACGGAGCUGUACCUCUGCCACAUGUGCAUCGGCCGCGAGAUGUUAGCCAGGAGAGUCUGCCCCGGCUACUGGCCCGACUGCCACGCCAACUGCGACCGGCACCCGCUGCCCGGCGCGGCCGGGACUCCUGGGCUAUCGGCUGCCAUCCCCAACGACGACGUUCCGUGCUACGUCGCGAAGAUAUACACGAACGGCAGCCACGAGAUCGUCCAGUACCUUGACUGCAGCCGGGUCCGCUUCUGCUCCAUCACGUGCGGCGGAGGCGACGUCGCCGUCGCCGUCGAUGAUGGCGGGAGAGCCCCGGGUGGUGCUGCUCCAACGUCCCCCAAGGGCAUGCUGCUGCCGCGCGCCGAGGAAAUGCCGGUGUGCAACACGCAGGCCACUGCUCGGGCUCGAGCUGCCCCGCCCCGCGGCGCCUAGCAGCAAGGGGCGCGUCGCGCGCGCGCACCUGCGGGCUCUCUGCUCGGAUGAACGGGUGCAUUGCUUAUACGCAUUUCUGUGCGGUGAACUUGUGAUGUGACUGUUGAUGGCUUGAUGCCAAGGUUUUCAUCUUCAAGAGAUGUGUAAGAGGUCAAAUAAAUAGUGACAAUUUGAGGGUUUGUUAUGCCCAUGCAUGGA